UUCUGCACACACACAGACGCCUAGCUAUCUGUGUUUCUGUGUCCUUGUGCAUCUCUCUCUCUCUCUCUCUCUAGCUCAGCUUCAGCGUUCUCUCUCCUCCAUUUCUUGGCUCUCUUUCCUUGCUGGGGCCAUUGCCUUUGUUUCUCUCUCUCUCAAGGUUGGUGGCACUUCCCUAACCUCGCGAAACUAAUCCCACUAGCCACUGUCACUAGCUAUAUAUAACCACCUCCAUUGUAACUUGUUUCCUUGUACCCCAUCCGAUCAUCCUCCCAUCACCUCCUAGCUUGCAGCCUUGCAGCUAGCUAGCUCUCUCGAUCGAUCAUCUCCUUCCUCCAGCUGCUUCCUCCCUCCCUUCCUUCCAUCAAUUUGAUCCCCUGUCAAUGUUAGCCAAGCAUGCAAGUACGCUAAUUUGAGCAUUGCAUGCACUGAUCAUCUGCUAGAGAGAGCUCUCAUCAGUGAGUGAUCGAUCGAGAUCGAGGACGAUGAGCAUAUCGGUGAACGGGCAGUCGGUGGUGCCGCCGGGGUUCCGGUUCCACCCGACGGAGGAGGAGCUCCUGACGUACUACCUGAAGAAGAAGGUGGCCUCGGAGCGCAUCGACCUGGACGUCAUCCGCGACGUCGACCUCAACAAGCUCGAGCCAUGGGACAUCCAAGAGAGGUGUAGGAUCGGGUCAGGGCCGCAGAACGACUGGUACUUCUUCAGCCACAAGGACAAGAAGUACCCGACGGGGACGAGGACGAACCGGGCGACGGCGGCGGGGUUCUGGAAGGCCACCGGCCGCGACAAGGCCAUCUACUCCAGCUCCAACCGCAUCGGCAUGCGCAAAACCCUCGUCUUCUACAAGGGCCGCGCCCCCCACGGCCAGAAGUCCGACUGGAUCAUGCACGAGUACCGCCUCGACGACCCUUCCUCCGCCGCCGCCGCCGCCACCGCCGUCGCCUUCCCCUCCUACUCCUCCUCCUCCUCCCCAAUGCACGGCGGCGCCGGAGACCAAGCGGCGCAGGAGGAAGGGUGGGUGAUCUGCAGGGUGUUCAAGAAGAAGAACCUCGUGCACCACGGCGGCCAGAGCGGCGGCGCUUCUGCGGCGACGACGAGCCACGCGGCGGCCAAGCUCGCCGCCGCCAUGGAGAGCAGCCCGAGCAACUGCUCGACGGUGACCGUCAGCGACCAGGUCAAGGCGCAGAUGCUUCACUCCGCCAGCGACGACGCGCUCGACCACAUCCUCCAGUACAUGGGCCGCUCCUGCAAGCAGGAGACCAAGCCGGCGGCGGCGGCCGCGGCCGCGCUGGAUCACCUCGCUGCUCCGAUCAGCAUGUACGGCAAGUUCAUGAAGCUUCCGCCCCUCGAGCACGUCGCCGGCGGCGGCGGCCUCCUGGCGGCGAACCCGGCCGGCGAGUACUCCGCCGCCGACGCGUCGGGGAUCGCCGACUGGGACAGCCUGGACCGGCUGGCGGCGUCGUACGAGCUCAACGGCGCGCUCUCCGACGUGGCUUCCAAGAGCAUGGUGUCCGGCUUCUUCGACGAGCCCGGCGCCGCCUUCUCCUCCGUGCACGCCUCCUCCGGCGCCGGCGACGGCGACCUGUGGAGCCUGGCGCGGUCGGUGUCAUCGCUACACGCGGACUUGACCAUGAACAACGUAUAAUAAUUGGGUGAUGGAUGGAGAAUCAGCUAGACAUGGAUGGCGUAUGCAUGCACUAACUCUUGGCCGGUCGGUCUACGCACUGCAUGCAUGCAUGGACGACGGUAUUGUACGUACGUAACACACACGUGUACGUGAUCAAUAAUUCCUCUAGCUAGCUAGGGUUUCCAG